GGCUAAGCGAAAAAUUGUCAAAAAUUUUAAAUAAGCAGGGAAUAACAUUAGCGCAUAAACCGGGUGGCAAGAUAAAAGACACGGUAUUUAGCCGCCUUAAGGACCCGAUUCCAAAAAUGAAAACAAAAAAUGUCGUAUAUGAGGUUCCGUGUGGCACAGAUGAUGGCAAAGUUUAUGUUGGACAAACAGGGCGUAUGUUGGAAACAAGAAUAAAUGAACACAAAAAUGACAUACGGAAAAAAGAAGCAAAAACAGGAUUAGUACAGCAUCACCUGGAUCAUGGUCACAAUUUUGACUUUGACAACACGAAAAUUUUGGAACGCAUCGAGAAUCAGGAGAGCAGAACCAUUGCGGAGGCGUUUCACAUACGGCGGGUGGGUGACGAGAGAACGGUUAAUAUGCAACGCGAAUGUGGGGGGAUGGACUCAGCCUACAAUGGUUUA